CUGAUCAUAUAUUCAAAACGCUGGUGUUUUUUACAUAUACAUAUUAUAUAGAGAAACAACUUUAAAUAUAAUUAUAUAGUGUGAUUUAAAUAAUGAUAACUCGAUUAUUACCUACCGAUGAAAACCCCAAUUUAUGUUCUGUAAUUUGGGGAGCAAAUGUUAGUAAAGAAGUUCAAGUAACUUCAGCACCAUCUGUUAGUCAUCAUUAUCAAGAAGUUAACAAUGUACAUCAAGAUGCAAAUCAACAAAGGGAAGAUCCAAGAACGGAAGCGCUACGUGAAUUUUCUUAUGGCAUCAUACUUCCAAUUAUCUGUGCAUUGGGUAUAAUUGGAAAUGUUUUAAAUCUUAUUGUUUUAACUAGGAGAAAUAUGAGAGGAACAGCAUAUAUUUAUAUGAGAGGUUAUUCGGCUGCUGCAUUAUUAGCAAUUAUCUUUGCAAUUCCAUUUGGUAUUCGUAUGUUAGUUCAUAGAGAUAAAGGUAGAUGGCAAGAUUUUGGUCCAGCAUUUUAUUCAGCCCAUUUAGAACUAUUUCUGGGCAAUGGCUGUUUAGGAGUCGGAGUAAUGAUGCUUUUAGUACUAACAAUAGAACGUUAUGUUUCUGUUUGUCAUCCAGGAUAUCAUAGGCCAGUGAUGGGACCACCAAGACUAACUGUUAUACUAAUUCCACUAGCAACUUUUAUAGUAUAUCUACCAAGUGUUUUUCGUGGAGAAAUAUUAAAAUGUGCUUUUGAACCUGAAGGUGUAUACAUUUAUUAUAGGCGAGAUAAUGAAGAAUUUUUAGGAACUUUAUUUUAUGCUGUGUACAAAGUUACGCUUGAAAUUAUUUUCAAAUUAAUACCAACCGUCCUAAUUGCUGGCUUAAAUUUAAAAAUAAUGAUUGUAUAUCGAAGAACAUGUGAGAAAAGACGACGAAUGACUUUGUCACGAGUAUCAUCUGUUAAAGAUGGUGAUCCUGUAAAAUUUGCAGAAGAACGACGAUUAGUUUUGCUGCUAGGUAGCACUUCAAUUCUUUUUUUAGUAUGUGUAUCACCUAUGGCUAUUUUACAUAUGACGCUAUCACAAGAAAAUUUAUCCAGUUUUUCUUUUCAGGUUUUUCGAGCUAUGGCAAAUUUAAUGGAAUUAACAAAUUAUUCAAUAACAUUCUAUAUUUACUGCUUAUUUAGUGAAGAUUUCCGCAAUACUCUAAUUAGAACUUUCAAAUGGCCAUGGUUUUCCGGUAUGCUUUAUCAUAGAACAGAUGAAAUGCAUUUAAAAUCAAAUAAUCCAUUAAUUAAAAUGGAUAAAUUAUCUAUAAAAAAUCAUAUACAAAAUACAACGACUUCUGGUUUAUGUACAGUUGUUGGUAGAUCAAGUAGUAUCUGAUAUAAGGAAUGUAUAACACAAACGGCUGUAUGAGAAAGGGAGCUAAAUCAAGUAGUUGUUAAGCAAAGAUAAUGCACAACGUAUACAGUUAGCAGUUUAGAUUUAAUUAAAAAAAAAUGGGAAAACACAUAAUGUAUACAUAAUGUGUGUAUGUACAUAAUUCUGUAAAGCAAUUUUAGUUUGAAAAAUUGAAGGU